CCGGCCUCGUUCUCCCCCCCCCCCCAAUCGCGCAUGCUCGGGGCGGCGGCGGCCCGACCGACAUGGCGGAGCGGGCUCCCGGGCUGUUCGCCGAGGGAGUCAGGGCGGCUCUGGAGGCUUGGCCCGCCUUGCAGGUAGCGUUGGAGAAUGGAUUUGGGGGAGCUUAUGGCAAACAGAAAGCAGACUGGAUGGUGACUGCAGUGGAGCAGUACUUCUACGACAACGCUGACCUGGAGAGCGAGGAGGUGGAGGAGCUGCUGGCAGACAUACUGGACAACGAGUUCGACACAGUGGUAGAGGAUGGCAGCUUGUCCGAGGUGGCUCACCAGAUCUGGACCACCUUCACCCUGUGCCAGAGUGGUCAGGCGUCGGAGGUCAGGGCUCGCAUCCAGCAGCUGGUCGACAAGAAGCGCAACGUCCGGGUGGAAGUGAUGCCGGGUAAAGGCUCCAGUGAGGAAGCCGGGGAUGAGGAAGAGGACACUGACGAGGAGGAGGAGGAUGGAGCUGAGGCCAUGGACUGCGACAGCCAGCUGGCUCCCGGGCCGAGCUCCCUCCGCCAAGCAGCGGCCGAAAGGGAGAGCGACGAGGAGGCUCCCGACGGCUGGACCGUGGUACGGCGGCGGAGGAAGUAGGCAGCGAGUCCGGGCACGGGGGUGCCACCAGGAACCCAUUCCCCCGGACAACGCGAGAGCCAUGAACUCUCACCGGAGAGGGCGGAUGGUGGGAACGCACGCAUCCUUGCGGUGGAGGUGGAUUGAGUGGCUGCAGAGCCUUCCCGGAGCCUGGCACUGGAUUCCCCGCUUCCCACGUUUAAACACUUGCCAGUCAGUCAGUACCUGGUGGAUUGAGACCUGAACUCCCCAAUCCAUUCGCGUACUUAAAAACGAAUUGCAUCUUCACCGACCAGCAGUGGUGGUCCAGCCCGGCCAAUCUCCACAGACUGACGGACCCAGAAACAGGCGGAGAGGUGGAGAUAGCUGAGAAUAUUCCACCACUGGACACGGGCGCCUGCGUUUGCCAUCGCCCCAGCCCCUGCUCCAAUAAACGUCGAGGUCUCGCAGGGUGACCAACCAAAUCCCGAGCCAGUUUGGUGCGGGUGACCACCACACUUCUCCGUCUCCUUCCUCGCCGGCCUGGGUGGGAGACCCAGGAAGAACUUCUUGCAAAUAAGGAAGCGAAUUAAAAAGAACAAUCCGAGGGAGUUUUUGUGCCUCAAUUGAGAAUGAGAUUCUUGCAAUUAAAAUUGUCCACUGAAUAAAAUUUGGAAUUAACUCA